CCCUGCCCGGCAGUGCAGGCCUUUCCUAGGUCACAUUUAGUUUAAUUGGGAAGUCAUAAGUUUCUUUUUCUCCCCAACGCCUCCUCGCCAGUUAUUUUAGAGAAAAUAAAGCUGGAGAAUCUUAAAGUGCUACCUAAGCUCUUGGCAUAACUGGAAAGUUAUGGUGAAAAGAGAAAGUAAGGAUAAAAAUGACUGACAAGUACCAAGAAUUAUCCAGAGCACAACUUACUUGUGACUACCUUCAUGCAAACUCGAUCACGCAUGACUUCAUCUUUGGAGCAUUGGCAGAAUUGGUGGAUAAUGCAAGAGAUGCUCAAGCAACACUUUUGAACAUUUAUACAGAAACCAAUGAUGAAAUAAGAGGAGGGUUUAUGCUGUGUUUUCUGGAUAAUGGUAUUGGUAUGAAUCCAGGUGAAGCAGCAGAUAUUAUUCAUUUAGGAAAAUCUAUAAAGAGGGCUUCAAAUUCCCGAUUGGUUGGGCAGUUUGGAAAUGGAUUGAAGUCCGGCUCAAUGAGGAUAGGAAUGGAUUUUAUUCUCUUUACCAAAAAAGACAAUACCAUGACAUGCAUCCUUAUGUCUCGAACAUUUUAUGAGAAAGAAGGUAUUGACGAGGUGAUUGUGCCGAUGCCAUCCUGGUACGUUGCAAGUAAGGAACCCAUGAUAACUGAAAAAGAAAAAUUCUCCCUUGAAAUUGCACUCGUUCAUAAAUAUUCUCCAUUUAAAAAGGAGUUUGACGUGAUGCAGCAGUUUAAUAAAAUUACAGGAGCAAGUGGAACUUUAGUCGUUAUCUACAAUGUGAAACUGAAUGAUGAUGGAGUACCUGAACUAGAUAUUGAAACAGAUACUUCUGAUAUACGACUGACUGGAAAGAUGGCCAGUGGAAUCCAACCAGAACAAUAUUCCUUUAGAGCUUAUGCUGCAAUAUUAUACAUUGACCCUCGCAUGAAGAUUUUUAUUCAGGGGCAAAAGAUUCAUGCUAACUACCUCGUCUAUUCCUUGUAUAGGCCUAGGAGGUACAUUUAUAUUGCCAAAGGUUUCAAAGUACGUGCUUUGAGAGAGGUAAAGGACACAGAAUGUGCUGUGAAAAUAGCAGAGGAACAUGUACAUGAAGCAAGAUUUAAAGUGAAGGAGUUGGAAAAGUCCUGUGAUGGCAACAUGGAAGCGCAGAUCCACACCAUUCUCAGUAUCAGAGCUGCCUGGGACUUCACUGUUACUGAUGUCACAAGCAAUGUAGCAGCACGUGUGGAGAUGCCAACUCUUGAAAUUUUGAAGUGGCUGCUGCCACAACAAUGUAGGAGUAAACUGCAGGCUAGUCCAUGGACAGCAAGGUUCUACAGGCAGCAAUGUGAAAAUGCCGCCAUCCCCUGCCACCCCAAUCCCCGAGGCAGCAGAAAAUGGUACAAACACCCCCUGCCCCUCUUCUUCAACUGGGAGAAUCUCGUCAAUGCUCACAGUAAAUUAUCAAAGUCAGAGAGAGACUUAGACAUAAAGAGGAAACAGCUUCAAGAAAAGCUAAGAGCACUGAAAGUCCCACGUAAACUGACUUUUAUUUUUGGAGUGAAUGUUGAGAAGAGAAACUUGGAUGGAAUGUUUAUUUACAACAACAGCCGUUUGAUCAAAAUGUAUAAGAGAACCGGAAUACAGCUGAACCACACGUUAAGGGCUUGUAGCGGCGUUGUGGGUGUUGUUGAUGUACCCAGUGUAAUGAUGGAGCCCACUCAUAACAAGCAAGACUUUGCAAAUGCCAAAGAAUACUCUAGUUUGCUUCGCAUUAUGGGUCAAUUUCUGUUUCAGUAUUGGAAGGAUCUUGGCAUUGUCCAAAUGGGAGUUGUAAAAUUUUGGAAUGAGCUUGGAUAUCUGUCAACAGACUGGAAUCUGUCACCUUCGAAUGCUCUUCAGUAUAAGAGGAAACGUGCCAUUGAGAUUCCAGUUAUAGUGCAGUGUGACAUCUGUCUAAAGUGGAGAUGUUUACUAUCCAACUUGGAUGUCAAGGACAGAAUAUUUUCUGACUUCUGGGUCUGCUCCAAGAACACAAAUCCACAGCAAAAUAGCUGCGAUCUACCAGAACAGUUACCCCAUAUUCCAUUUGGAACUCCACUAAGGGGAUCAGUGAUGUCUGAUGAAAGGAAAGAAUUUCUAGAAAAAGCAGUCCAGCGGCAUUGGGAUAAAGUGGCUGCCUUACAAUUUCAGAAAACAUCUCCAGUCAAGCCCUUAACAUACAAAUUUCCAUCAGACUUAGAUAAGAAGUCUAUUUCUAAGGACAUUGCUUCAUCAGAAUCUAAUCCAUUCCCUUUACCUCCUUCCACUCGAAAAAGACGAAUUCCAUCUUUUCAUACCAAUCAUAACAGAAGAUCAAAAUCUUCAGAAAGAAUUCCCUUGUCCCAGAGCAAAUACUACAGGUCAUCAAGAAAUGGGAAAACAAUAAGAAUCUAUGGGAAAUCCAAGUCUGCUGUAAGCUUGGAAAAACAAUCCUACAAUUCUGUGGAUUCUACUGAAGAAGCCAUUGUGAAUACACUGCUGGCUCCAGUUAGUAAGGUCCAAAAUGAAGAUCCUAUACUACUGCACAGUGACUACAUGACUGAAGCAUUAGUAAAGGAUGAAACUCUGAAGAAUGGAUGUAGUGCUAGGUCCGCAUGUUUUCAUUGGGAAGUAAAGGAAAAUGUAAUAGUUUCUUCAGGUAGUGAAAGAUUUCAGAACAAAAGUGAGCAGGAUGGCAGUACUGCUGGCUUAUUUUUGACUCCUUGCAGCAUCGUAGACCAUGUGUACAUUAAAAAGCCUGGUAUCGGUAAUGAAACGGUAGAAAGAAUUGUAUCGAAUUUUCGGAAUCUCCUGAUUCACUUUCUACCUCCAAAUUACCAUAUUUCAAAAGAGAAGCUUAAUUGUAUGGCAGCAGAAGAACUUGUUACUUCCCCCAUGCAUCAGUAUUUUUUCAACUAUGAGAAGAGUUUAAGAGAACAACUCGAAUCUUCAUCUGAAAAUUUGAUCAGAAGAGCUCAGGAAUUGGAGGAGAAAAUACAUCAGGCUGUGACAAAACUGAAAAAAGCUCAAGAGAAAUUGACUGUUUAUCAACAGAUCACUGUACAAUUAUUGAACGAGGUCCAUUCUCCAGUUAUAAAGCAAUCUAAAGAUAACUGAAUACUUGGAAGAGCUGCUUAAAACUUUGGAAGAGGAAGCAAAUCUUCAAAUGCAUUCCUUGGCUACUUUUUCAGUAUUAUGCAAGUGAUUUGUUCAAUUGGAAAGGCUGAAUAUCAUAAGCUAAUAUUAAGGAUCAUUUUCAAUUUGCCAAGUUUAAAGACAAAUGUAUUUAUUUCUCCAGCAGGAAAAAAUAGAACAAAAUGAAUCCUUUUGUUUACAAAUCAUGCCUCAAAUUUUGUUAAUUUUUUCUUCUAGUAGAGAACUGUUAUGACUGAAGAACAUUACUAUUCGUCUAAUUUUUCAUUUUACUUUUCAUGCGUACUUGAAUAUGUAGUACAUGAGCAUGUCAAAAUAUUUUAUUUAAAUGUUUAAUGGUUUAAAUAUAAGACAGCCUAAUCUUUGGCUGGUAAUGCUCUGAAUCAUGUUGGAGGCUAGAAUAUUCCUUUCAUCCACAC